GUCUCUGCUUUGUUUGUUCCGUACACGGCAGCAGCAGAGCGGCGCACACUCUCUCCUAUCAACACUUAAUUCGCAUAGAAACUAUCCAUGUUGUCUACUACAGCUGCGGCCGCUCGGUCUAACAUGGCCAGGCCGAAUGACCUGAAAUACUUCCUGGAGUCUUCCCUGAAUGAGAUCUUUAAGGCGACAGUCAGUGACAUCCUUGAUUCGGUGGACCGGACCCUGACUGAGUACCAGGGAACAAUACGGAGGCUUGAGUCCGAAAACGAGGGCCUGAAGCAGCUGCUGUUUGCGCAGAGGAGUACGGAGGCUGCUGCCACAGGUAUAUCUGUUUUUGUUUGUACGUUCAUGAAGCCGCCGACCUUUUGUUCUGGGUUUUUCUGCUCUGUCAGCAGUUGUGUUGACAUGUUGUGAGAUUUGUGUUUACCUUUACACAGAUUAAAGGUGAAAACUACGGUGGCCGAGAACCACCACUGCUGCAAAUAAAAUAAAAUAAAAAGAAUGCAAAUAUAAGAAGUCACAAUGAAAGUUACUGAUGAAAAAAAAAGAAAAGAAACUAAAGCCCACUGCAAAUAAAAAAAGAGGUGGUGCCGAUUUAAAAAAUUAAUGACGCACAAAAGUGUGGCAAUGCCAUUAAAAAAAAGUUACUGCAAAAAUAAAAGGAUGCAAUGACGGAUGUGAGCGGCUGGGGACCAAUAAUGAUGAUGCACCAGUGUUUUGCGAUCCAGGUACAGAAGACGACGGCGAGAAGACAGGCAAAGAAGUAAGUGGAAAGGUUAUUGUUUAAUUUUGCUUUGUGUGCUUUUCAGUGUGUCAUUUGGUUAGGCCAUGUAGCGCCUGAGUCGAUAUGAAGUUGAUCUGGCGGAUGCCGGUGCAGUGCUAGCUUCAGUUCAACUUCAUAUCGACUGCGGCACAACAUGGCCUAAACAAAUGACACAUUGAAAAGUUUACGAAGCGAAAUUAAACAAUAAUCUUUCUACUAACUUCUUUGCUUGUCUUCUCAACAUCGUCUUUUGUGCUUAGAUCGUAAAGCACUAUUGGUCUCUGGCAGCUCACUUCCAUUGUGGCUUUUUUUUUUGUUUGCAUCCUUGUAUUUUCACUGUAAGUAGUUUUUUUUUCGAUCACCACUUUUUUUGUGUUGUUAACUUCUGUUGUGGCUUUUUUUUUUUAUCUGCACCAUUGCUUUUUUUGUGCAUCGCUAACUUUUGUUGUGACUUCUUUUUUUUUCCUUUUUUAAAUAUUUUUUAUUUGCAGCAGUGGCGGUUCUUGGCCACCAUAGCAAACACCUACAACAGUCUACUAGAAGCACAAAGGGCAAAUUGUCAAUGAGAGGUCAUCAAACCUCAUUUCAACCUUCCUGAAAUGCUUUAUGUUUGCUAUUGUCUUCCUUUCAGCAAUGUAGAAGCCUCCUCCACACUUAAUUAAACUUUUUCUGUUGUUGUUGUUGAAUUUGGAUUUUCAGAUACUCCAGAACAAGACACCUCUGACUACUUUCCAACAUCAGAGUGGGAGGAUCUCCCCAUCAACCCCACGCAGGGCUUUAAGGUGUCCAUAUGCAGCAGUGACAAGAAGAGCUGCAGGAGAAAGCAGAAGGAUAAGGCGAGGGAAAGCAUCUCCUCUCCUUCCCUUUCACUACAGACUAAUGAUACACUAGAAAGACCAUGUUCGAAUACAGUUGAGUUAAGUGUCUCAACCCGUGAUGUUCAGUCUUUUAAAACAGAGCCAGGCCUGGAGGAGAGUGGUGCUAUCGACCUCUCACAGCCUCCAUCUCUUCUCAACCUGACAGCAGAGUCUAUAAAAGAUGAGAGCACAGAGGUGAACUGUGAUGGUGAUGAAACAUAUGUGCCUCUGCUGCCAUCUGCAGGCCUGCAACAAGAGUCAGAGGACGACAAUAAGAAUGAAGUAAAAACCACGAUUUCUUCCAGCAGCUUCGUGCAGGUUGAACAGCCCAUUAAGACUGAGGAGGAAGAGCAGAACGGGGUGUUGCAGUACAGUGAUGAUUUGUCUGAUCAGGAGUCAAAUCAUGCAUCAGAAUCUCACCCAGAAUCUGAGGUAAAUCCAGAAGGAACAGGCAGUCAGGUUGAAGCAGUGACUCCCGAAGAGAAUAAUCCCCCCGCUGUUCCUGCAGAUGCAGCCGUGGAGGUUCGUGACAACCUUUUGCGCUGCCCCACUUGUUCUAAAACUUUCAGCCGAACAAACUCACUGAACAUUCACGUUAAGACUCAACAUGGCGAGAAGGCCCACAACUGCUGCUACUGCGGUAAGCGCUUUGGCCGUGCUGACCUCCUCAAAUCUCACAAGAGAACGCACACAGGAGAGAGACCUUAUAGCUGCAACCUUUGCAGUAAAACAUACGCCCACCCCAGCCAACUCAGGAUACAUAAACGCACUCACACUGGAGAGAAGCCGUACUCCUGCUCCUACUGUGGAAGGUGUUUCAACGAGCACAACCAGCUCAAAGUCCACCUAAGGACUCACACCGGAGAGAAGCCGUACAAAUGCCAGGAGUGCGGGAAAUCCUUCAGCAACGUGGGAAACCUACGAAUACACGAGAGGAUCCACACAGGCGAGAAGCCGUACUGCUGUGCUCAGUGCGGGAAAAGAUUCAACGGAUUGGGCGACCUCAAAACGCACUACAGGAUUCACACAGGAGAGCGGCCGUAUUGCUGCAAGCUGUGCAAGAAGACCUUCAGCCAGACGGGACACCUCACCAUUCACAUGCGCAUGCACACAGGAGAGAGGCCGUACAGCUGCGACGAGUGCGGCAAGACAUUCACGGUGGCCAGCAGCCUCAAACUGCACCAGAGAACUCACACAGGAGAGAAGGGGUACAACUGCCAGCACUGCAGCAAAAGCUUCAGCAGGUCAGGGCACCUGAAGAGACACAUGCGGGUUCACACCAAAGAGAAGCUUUUUAUCUGUCACCUGUGUGGGAAGAACUACAGCGACCACUCGUCUCUGAGGAAACACAUUAAGAGACACCAUGGCCAGACCAGUCCAAAUGGGGAAAGCACCAGUAAAGCCUGAAUGAACCCCUAUUAACCAAGAGAGUUACUCACAAAUUCUCUGAGAUUGAUAGACAUAGAAUAAGUGCUGAAUGAAACCAAGUAACCUUAUAUUCAAUUGAAGUUUGCUUAUUGGCUCUUUUGUCAGAUCUUUCAGACUCAUCUCCUCAUAGGAUGUUCUGGUACUAUUCCUUCUCUAAACUUGAGUAUAAACUGAGACAGAAUACUUCCAAAAUACUGACAGCUGCACUCAUACCUGUGGUGGAAAAGGACUCAAUCCUUGAGUUUAGCUUCGACUAACAUCACUAUUUCCUCUUUUUUAUUACUUGAAAUCAAUCAUUCUCUCUGUUCUGAAACAGUAGUUGCCUGUGUCGCUAUCAUAUGCUGUGUAUUAUUUCUGUGUUGGCUAUCAUUUGAUAAAGAGGAAACAAGAAGAUUUCUGCAUUAACGGCUUUUCUAGUACAAAAAAACCUCUUAAACUCCGUGGCUAGUUGAGCACAGGAACUGUUGCGUGUUGUUUUAGCACCUUAAAUGCUUCUUCAAAACUGGACUUCCAGUAUUUAUGUUUUCCAUCACCUUCCCCGUGUUGUUUAAAAGCAGCUGUUUUUUCUGUCUUAAAUCAUCUAUGUGCUGUGAUUUAAAGCUUUAGAAGAAGAAGCGAAAUAGACCUUUAAUUAAGAUGAUGUUAUUUAACUGCUGUCCGAAGUAGGUCCAAAUAAUUAGCUAUACAGUAAGGUAAUGAUUUGAUUUUGAUUAACUUUGUUAUUCCUCAUGUAAUUGUCUCUGGACGGGGCAGUGUAAGGAGUUAUAGACUAAAGAUAAGACUCUUGAUGUACACUUAAAAGGAUAAUAAAUAUAAUUUCUUGCAUCAUUUUGAAGGGUGAAGUUAAUGCAGAGCAAAAGCAAGACAAAGAGUCCCUGAAAGGCCAAGUCCUGACCUUAAAUCAUCACCUGGAACAAAUAUGAUUCCCCCACAGGAGUCAGUAAGACAUAACAGUAUGAUUGUUUAUGAUGAAGUCAUGUCUGCUUGCAUUCAUACACCCUGCAGCAGUCUGGGUUUGAGUCAGAAAUAUGUGCUGAAAUCAGUGUUUUCCAUAGGAAAAUCAUAAAUAUUCUGCUGUAAAUAGCUUGAACUAUAAGAGCAGCAUCUGUAUUUGCGUAAUUAUGUGACUGAAUAAUUUUACUGAUAAUAUUCCCAAUCAGCUGACCAGUAUUCAGAGUAAAUAAACAGUUCUAAAGGAAGUCGUGCUAAAUCAGUCCCUUGAAGAGUAGUUUUACCCAAAGUCAGCCCUGUUGACAUAAGCAGGAGGAAACUGUCAUGUUUAUAAUGAUAGUGGUGCUUUUAGUUGCAGCAGCUGGUUGUUACACAUGCAAAGCAUUGUGAUUGAAUGCUACUAUCAGUUAAGUGUGACUUACUUUUGUGUGAAUUGUGUCUAAAUUAAAGAGAAACAUUAACCCGAUCA